CAUGAUGAGGCGUGUUUACACCUGCAGACUCCGACACAGCAGACAGUCCUGUCCGUGUGUGUGUGUGUGUCAGUGACAGGGACAGGGACGUCUGUUGUCCCGGCUAAAGACAAAGGCAGCGUGUCUGUGGGGCUAUUGUUUCUCGGACACUGAGCUGGGAGUUGCUUUAAGAAGCCCCUGUGAGGAGGAAAGCAUCUUCUACCACAGGCUCUUUCUGAGGAGCUCUUUCUGCCCACCAUGGAUGAGACAGAUGUUGAACAAGUGACCCUGGCUCUUCUAGAUGCAGCCACUGAUAAAGACCCAGAGGUCCAGAGGCAGGUCAGAAAGUCUAUGCUAACCCUGGGAAAGCUACAGCCAGACCGAGUGUUAGCCAUGUGUCAGGACUACCUCCUGAAACACCCAAAGUUGGUCGUGAGCCACAGAGUUGUGAUUCUUCAGACUAUUGAGCUGAUUGCUGGCUGCAGGAUAGAGGAGAUCAGUUCCCCCAGAAUAAAAAGCAUAAUCUCUCUAGCAUCAGAUGAGAUGACACGAUCAAAAGAGGUCAUCCCUGACUGGCAGCAGGCAGCCAGUAAUAUCUUGGUUGCUGUUGGUAACAAACAUAUCAACGACGUCAUGGAGGAGAUACUAAACAAGUUUCAGCCGGGGGUCCUUCCUCAUUUCUUUGUCAUCCAAACACUGGCCAAUCUCUCUGAUUCCAAUGUUUAUGGCAUGGUGCCCUUCCUGAAUGCUAUUCUUGGCACCUUGUUGCCCAUGUUGAGCAUGGCUAAACAUGAUAACAUGAAAUGGGCCUUCUCUUCUGCUCUGUGUCACUUCAGCGACAGUAUAUUAGAGUAUCUGGCCAAUUUGGACAAGGCUCCAGAUCCCACAGUCAGGAAAGACACUUUUUCCAGUGAAAUCUAUGCUGCUUAUGAAAUUCUCUUUAAUAAUUGGAUACAAAGCAGGGAGUCUAAGUUGAGGUUAACUGUGGCUGAGGCAGUUGGCUCUAUGUGCCAUCUGAUGGCCAACGACAAACUGGAGGAGCAAAUUCCCAAACUCAUUCCCACCAUGCUUUCGCUAUACAAGAAAAACAAUGAGCACUUCAUCAUCAGCAAGAGUCUGUGCCAAGUGCUUGAUGCCUCUGUCAACAUGGGCAGCAGAGUGCUGGAGACCCAACUCGACAGUCUGCUCCUUGCACUACAUCACCAGGCGUCUGCCCCCAUUGACUACAAUAACCCUCCUACUGUCAAGAACCACAAUGAGGUCCUGCGCUGCUUCAGCUUAUUAGCAAACUCCUUCCCAGACCGACUGGUUAUGUUUGUACUUCAGAAGUUGGAAAACAGUAAUGAGCGGAGUAGGAUGGGCUCCCUGGCUGUCCUUCGCCACCUCAUCAACUCCACCACUUCUACAAUGGAGAACAAAAAGUUGCUGAUUCUGGCCAGCAUCAGACAACCAAUGGCUGACCACAGCAACAAGGUGAAGAAGCGUGUGGUCCAAGUGAUCAGUGCAAUGGCUCAUCAUGGUUAUCUGGAGUUAGAGGGAGGGGAGUUACUUGUUCGAUUCAUAGUUCAACAUUGUGCCUUACCUGACACAUACCAGCGUGACGAGAAGCCCACAGAUCCAGAAGAGGUGACAAAUGAGUCCCUGAGGACAAUGUGUGACAACACCCUUCAUCUCCUGACCACCACUGUGGGACGUCUAGCUGAUGUGCUCUGGCCCAAGCUGCUGUACUAUUUAACCCCUUCCCAGUACAGCAAUGCCACCACUCCUCUGUGUAAGAGUCUGAUAGUACUGGGCAACAAGAAGAAACAAAACCAGGAGCCCAGCUGUAACAUAAACUUUACACAGGAAGUCAACCUCCCUUCUCCUCAAACACUAAUGAUCAGACUGCUGGUAAAUGCAGCGUUCCCAUUCAAUAGCAGAGGUCAUGGAGCGCCGUCCCUGUCUCUCCUUCAGAUCCUCGGUAUCAACAUUCACCCCAACACAGAGAUUCUCUGGGAGAAAGAGAUACCUGCUCUGCUGAGUAUACUAGAUGAGUCUACAUCACAGAGCCUGGAUAAGAAGCACUGGGAUGAAAAGCUGCUCAAGUUCUUGUCUAAAACCCUGGCGACUAUUGAUGAUGACAAGUGGGUGUGUCAGUUGACAGGCGAGGCAACGCGUUAUCUCUCCACGUACAACAACGCCUUAGAGGAGAAGAAGUUCCUGUAUCAGUGUAUAGGAGUGACUCUUCAACAAUGUUUCAACAAGGAGGUGGUGAAAAAACAACUGCAGGAAGUCCUGCUCACAGCACGACACAAUGACGCCUUGGAAAGAGAGGGAGUUGCAUUAGGCGUUGGUCUGUGUGCCAACAGCCACCUAGAGGGAACUCUGGCUAAGCUGGAUGAGUUUGGCAAAUCAGACGCCUUCAAGAAGUCGCCAAGCAUUUUCAACCUGCUCAAAGAACGUAAUGAUGUUGAGGUAGAGAAGGUGAAGAGCACAUUAAUCCUGUGUUAUGGUCAAGUGGCUCUAAACGCUCCUCCAGAAAAGAUACUAAAUCGCAUUGAUCAAGACAUCCUUCGCUGCAUCAGCAAACACUUCAAUACCAAGGUUCUGGGGAUAAAAGUAGAGACAAAGGACCUGACUAUGAAACUGAGUUUGAUUCAGAGUGUAGGCCUCAUUGCCAGAGCCAUCAGUGAGUGUGUGAAGAAACAAGGCUACGUCUUCUCCCGCAAACAGGAGCUCAUCACUGUUAUGCUGGAUUUUAUAAAGGCAGAGCCAGCUGAUACAUUACGGACUCCAGUACGCCAUCUUGUGAUGACCACUUGUGCCAACUUAUUACCACUGGAUCCUGUGCUGAGUGAGAAUGAGAUCUUUGACCUGCUAAAGGUGUGUGUCAACAGUGUUUUUUCUUUGCCACCUGAGACGCACACUCCAGAGAAAACUAAAGAAGAAGAGAUACUUGACCCCAAGAAGAGAAAGGCAUUAUACAAAGACACGAUGGCUGCACUGCAGGAGCUGCUGAAGAGUGUAUUGGCCAAGGAGCCCACGCCUGAUGGCCUGCAGAAUGUCUUCAAGCACAUUGAAUCAUGGUUGAGCUCCGGACAGGACCACCAGAGAGAGAGAGCUAUCAUAGCAACUGCUCAUGUUCUGUCCUACUACCUGGAUAACCUGACUGUCAAGAACAUGGUUUCAUUCCACAACUUUGGAGCUCUGCUUGGUCGACUGUCUCCUCGCUGUUCUGACCCUCACCCCGCUGUACGCCCUGCUGCUGUUGACUGUAUAUACGCGCUGCUUUAUAUACAGCUACGUUAUGAAGGUUUUGCACUAGAUUAUAAGGAUGAAUCUGUUGACGGUCUGUUGACCCUAAAAGAACAGCUGGAAAACCCUGACCACUCUGUUCUCUACAAGACCUGCUCUGACCUCACCAAGGUGAUGAGUAAACGUCUGCCUCAGCAGCAGCUGGCAACGUUGAUCUUCAUGUUGUUUGAAGGGCUCGUCGACACUCAGACAAACUGUUGCAGAGCUUCAUCUGUCAUCCUGAACACACUGCUGAAAAACAGAGGAGCGGGACUACAAGAACUGGUACCAGAGAUGUUGGAGGUGCUCCAUACACGUCUGCAGAGCAUCACGGAGGAGCAGGUGAGAGUGGCGGUAGGACAGACGGUGCUAAUCCUGGCUUCACAGCAUCUACAGACUGUCAUAAAUGCACUAAUUAACCAACCACUCCCUUAUGACAGCUGGACCAGUGAAAUGUGGAUGGCCUUGGGGGCAGAUCCUAUUGUAGCCAAUCAGAUCAUAGAGAUGGUGAUGGAGAAGCUCCUGAUCAUGGCGCCCUACAUAGACAAAAAGGAGAAUAUGAUAAGAGGAGGCUCAACAAAGAUGGCCACAAAUCAGCCACUGGCCAUGACAUGUGGUCUUAAAGAGCUGUUAUUAAAUGGCCAGAGUCAGGAGCCGGCUGUCAGCCAGUUUCCUCAGCUCUUUUCCUGUCUCAUUGUCAGAGUAGGAGCAAGUGUCGGAGUCUCCGCACCAAGGGACAACAACACUAAAUCCACAACCCCCAUCCAUGUAGCAGGGGUCGCCACUGAUGCUCUGAAAAUCUUGUUAGCACGAGCCCAAUUAGAUGAGGUGAUGAAACGGAUGGAUGAGGAUAAUACCUGGGACGCAAUGAGAGAACCAAACACACACAUCUCUGGAAUUACACUACUAGCGAGGGCAAUGGCUAAACAUGCUGGUCCCAGGUUGCCUGCCAUUCUGGAGUGUCUGUGUCCCUCCCUGAACAACAUCUAUGAAUGCCAGAGAAUCACCGUCACUGCUUUUUUCUCUGAGCUGUUGAACCAUCAUGUGGUGACAGAGCUGAUGUUGAUAGAUGUUUUAAUGAACAACAUGAUGGAGAGGAUAUCGGACCCUAGUUGCACUGUCCGCAUGCUGGCUGUGCGAGGGCUGGGAAAUAUCGCAGUGGGAUCUCCCGAAAAAGUGAAUAAAUAUGCCAAAGAGCUGCUAGCAGCCAUGAGUUCUGGCAUGGAAGAGAAAGAUGAUCCAGGUAAACUGAUUACUCUUGAGGCCAUGUCAGGUCUGUCCAAAGUUCUCCUGUACCUGGACAAGAAGAAUGUCCACUUACUGGUGGUGUACAUCUUCAUGAAGAUUAAACCAUUCUUGGAAAGUGAGAAUGAUGAAAUCCGCUGUGCCUCCAUCCACCUAAUGGGGAACCUGUCCAAAUUUGGCUCUGGAGAGCAAGUGUUUAAAGACCAAAUCCACAAUGUUCUGGUCAGUCUGCUGCUCCACCUGGUGGACCCGAAUGCACAUGUGGUUAAGGCGUGCAAGUUUGCGAUGCGUGUGUGCGCUCCUGUGGUGGGAUCAGAUCAGAUCACUACCAUGUUUCAGAACCACCUCCACGAUGACAAGAGCUUACACUACGGAGAAUUCAUCAAUGACCUCACCAAGUACCUGAUCCAGGACUUUCCAAGCAUGCUGAACUUCUACCACAUAUCGGUCAUCCAGUUCUUCAAGAGCAACUGGCCUGAGGUCAGAGCAGCAGCUGCCAUGUUCAUAGGUUUUCUGCUCAGCAACCUUUCAGAGGAGCAUUUCUCCCACCUCAAUACGGGAACCAUCACUAAAGGUUUAGUGAUGCUGCUCCAAGAUCCAGAUCCAGUGGUGAGAAUGAAGGCUGCCGAGGCCAUGGGACACUUCCACUGAAACACACACACACAGAUCUACACACUAGUAUUUUUUACACAAACAUGCAGAUCCCAUCGCUGAAACAUGUAGUCAUUUAUAAAUAAAUAAAAUAUUCCAAACUACCCAGCUGAAAUGUUGUUAGGAAACCUGUGCGGCCAGAAGCCAAACUGUUACAUUUACCAGUGUUACAAUUUUCAUAUAGAUAGAUAUAUUUAGGCAUUAGCAGCUUGUAUUAGCUUCUUUUGUUACUUUAAACUGGUACUUGAAAGGAAGUGUUAAUAUUUUAGUGACCAAAGACUGUGCUGCUCUUAACAGAUUGACUGUAACAUUUUGUGUUCAGUCUGUGACAAUGCCAGAAAUAGACAGUGUUCCAUUCAGGAAAUAGACCACACUUCAAAGAGUUUUAGAAAAAAGUAUAGUUUAGUUUAUUUAGAUCAAGGGUCUCAAACUAAAAUGACCUGGGGGCCACUUUUAGAGUCUAGUCUGUAAGAAAAAAAGUCAAACCUUUUGUGGAAAUCAGCUGUUCAGCGUGAAACUGAAUCACCAUAUCAAAAUAACGAUAUUUCAUAGACUUUUGCAGUGAAACAAGAGGUAAUUCACAAUAAAAAAAUAUAUAUAUUUGUGAACAUUAAUCUGUAAAUAAAAAUAAAUGAAAAUGAUUGGGGGAUCACAAGUGGCCCACAGGCCGCAAGUUUGUGACCUGUGAUUUAGAUAUUAUGACAGGAAGCCACAAGUACAUGACCGUAUGUAAAUCCUGCUGUCCUUUAAUCAGCUUGGAGCUUUGUCCCCCACCUUUCAUCACGAUAAACGUCAAGAUUUUAGAUGUGUUUAGGUACAGUAUGUAUGAUGUAUUUAUAUGAUUUCAUUUAAAAAAAGACAGCUAAAAUGAUAAAUGCACAAGAACUACAGAACAGCAGAAAUGUCCUCUAUGGUUCGCAGCUAUGAAUGGAGGCUGUUAUUAAAAAGAAUUUAGUGUCCAGUUAGUCCGGAUCAUCUCGCCAGCACUGACCAGUUUUAGUGUCUCUCACAGCCGGACUGAUAGUUACUGUUGCACCUGAUGUCAGAGCUUCAGUUGAAGUUUAAAAAAAAUAAAUAAAAAAACAUCCCACAUCCAAUUGUAAACCAUAAAUAAGCUGUUAAAUAAGCAUAAAUCACUGCCACUCACCACACAACCUUUCAGCUCCUAAAUAAACGUCACACUGACUCGUUCACCGGUCUGUCAGUUUCACAUUAUCGACACACGUGGAUCUGUGCAGCCACACACACAUUUAUUCACUCAUUCUUCUGAACCAGCCAUACAGACCCAUGUAAACAGGCCGUGUUAGGUAGUCAGAACAAACCUGUGCAGCCAUGCUGAAGACAGUUUGUGCCAAAUGUCUGUUGACGUCCUGUAAUAUAAUAUAGCAAUGAGUUUCAUUUUUGAUUUAUGGCCCUCACUGUCUUUUCAGUGUAAUAAUUAAUGUAGUUUUAACAAACAGUUGAGGGUUUACAGGCCUCCUAAUGUAAAUAUGAAUGUUUAUUUAUGUUGGGAACGCAAACUGGUUCUUAAAUGUGUCUUAAGUUGAAUUAACUUGGCCACAUUUGUCUGAAAGUGUCAUUCAUGGGUUUUGUGUUUCUAUUGCACUUUGAGUUCCUGAUGUAGAGUUACUUUUCACAGCCCGUGUGGAGAACAGUUUUCUAAUAAUGAUAACAAUAAUAAUAAUGAUAAUAAUAAUAACAAUAGUAAUAAUGUGAUCAUUAUGGGUAAACAAACAACAAGCUGCUUCGUUUGUUCUAUAAACAGGGACUCUCAGCUUCUUGCACUUUCUGUCACAGUUUAAUUUUGGGUGAAUGGAAAUUGCUGUUAAAAACUUUUUACCACUGAUGGGGAAUUUACAUGUCAUUUUUCUCUUUCUUUAAUUUUUUACCAUGUUGAAUGUCGGUGUGAUAUUAGUAUGUAUGACACGUGGAGGUACGGCUUCUCCAAACUAUUAAUGUGUGAAUGUGUUCAGAGUGAGUGUUAAAAUGUUCAUGUUCCACAACAAAGUGGAAUCAAAUGAAGAAAUAAACAUUAAGUCAAAGAUGA